AUGACUCACUCAACUCAAAACGGCCCUCCGGAUGGCCAGAGGACGGAUUCCGACUCUUCUGAGAAACAAGAGUAUGAGCCUUCUGCCCUGGGUUCCCUUACACUAUCCCCUUCGGCCACGGUUGAAGAUAGGGAGAAGAAUUGGCCCUCGGGAUGGCGGCCGUACACAGCUUUGUUCGGCGGCUUCUUACUUAUGUUUAACUCGUGGGGCUGUGUUAAUGCUUACGGAACCUUUGCAUCUUACUACUCCGAAUCACUUUUCCAGGGCGACGACAUCUUGUUGAGCAAUCUGAUCGGCUCAACACAAUGUUUUGUCGUCCUCUUCUUCUCUUUCAUCGUCGGUCGAUUGCUGGAUGCAGAUCACAGCCGCCAGUUGUUACUGGCCGGAUCAGUUAUCAUCACCAUUGGCAUGUUUAUGCUGAGCAUUUCCAACGGCAACGGAGGCUUGAAUCAAGGCAACUACGGCUUGACCUGGUUGACACAAGGCCUGGUGACCGGAUUGGGUAUGGCCUGCUUCUUCGUGUCAAGG